GCUUUAGUUGACAAGAGAAAGGUAAGAAGCGUCGUAAAAUUAACCAUCAACUUGGUUCGUGGUACGCGAGCUUUUGGAAAUUAAUUUUUUGGAUUUCUAUAAUCAUCCUAUAUUUGGAAAUAAAACCAAAACAUGGAUUAUACCGAUAAUGGACAGUUUGGAAUGUCUUACACGGAGUGGCUAUGGAGCUAUGUCGCAUCUGUCGGAUGGUACUUGAUCGGAAUUGCAAUUGUCAUUUGGUACGCUUCUCCAAAUAUUUGGGAAAAGUAUUCAAAUUGGAAGUUACGAAAAGAUGAACAAGAGUAUGCUGCCAAAUACCAUAAAAAUCCGGAUCUUCUGCAAGAAAGAUUAUCAGCUUUGGAAGCUUCGAGGCAAAAAAUGCAACAAGAAUAUUACCAGAAAUGUAUGCUCGUGCAUCCACAAGGUGGAGAGCACGAAGGAAAACAGAAAAAACAAUCGAUAUUAAUGGAUGCCAAUCUCGCGGGCCAUAAAUUAGGGAACAAUGAAAACACGCGGCUCCCUUCUGACAAGAAAAGUCAUAAAUCCCUAAGAGGAGAAUACAAUCCAUUAAUGGGUGAUAGUUCCAAAGGCUAUCGACCGCCAAAACGUAGCUGCUGUAGCAAGGGUAGUUGCGGCUAAUUACAAAUACCAAGAUGUAAACUAUUUUCUUUUCUAUUCGACGUUCUAUAUCGUAAAUAUUAAAUGAAAUAGUACAUUACCAAAUGAAACUGUAAAUAAUUGUCAACCGUUAUAAUAAAGUUACGUAUUUAUAAAAA